CGGCUCUCCCCGGUGGCGGGGCGGUGCCGGUGGCGGCGGGGCCGGAGGAGGCGGCUCCGGGUCCCCUCCCCGCGCCGCCGCUUCCGCCGCCGCCGCCGCCCUGGGCCGGGCGGGCCCGGCGGGGCCGAGCGGGCGGCGGGGCCGCCAUGAAGCCGGGCGGAGAGGAGCCGGUGCUGCUGGCGGAGCUGAAGCCGGGCCGGCCCCAGCGCUACGAUUGGAAAUCCAGCUGCGAGACCUGGAGCGUCGCCUUCUCCCCCGACGGGGCCUGGUUCGCCUGGUCCCAGGGACACUGCGUGGUCAAGCUGAUCCCGUGGCCCCUGGGGGAGGCCGAGCUUGGCUGCAAAACCUCGGAGCGCAAGAGCCGGGGCGGCAAAGCGGAGAGCUGGAGCCGUGGGGCAGCCAAGGAGAAGACUCUGGAGUGUGGGCAGAUCGUGUGGGGCCUGGCCUUCAGCGCCUGGCCAGCAACUGAGGAUGGGGACACGGAUCCUGCCUGUGCCGUGGGGCUUCCCUGCCUGGUCCUGGCCACGGGGCUCAAUGACGGGCAGAUCAAGGUGUGGGAGGUGCAGACAGGGCACCUCCUCUUCAGCCUCUUGGGACACCAGGACGUCGUCAGGGACCUGAGCUUUGCUCCCAAUGGAAGCCCCAUCCUUGUGUCGGCCUCGCGGGACAAGACCUUGCGCGUGUGGGACCUGAGCAGGGAUGGGCGGCAGGUCCAGGUGCUGUCAGGCCAUGUGCAGUGGGUCUAUUGCUGCUCCAUCUCCCCAGACUGCAGCAUGCUCUGCUCCGCCGCCGGCGAGAAGUCGGCGCUGCUGUGGAGCAUGAGAUCCUACACCCUCAUCCGGAGGCUGGAGGGCCACCAGAGCAGCGUGGUGUCCUGUGACUUCUCCCCGGACUCUGCGCUCCUUGUCACCGCCUCCUACGACGCCUGUGUCAUCAUGUGGGACCCCUACACCGGGGAGCAGCUCAGGACGCUGCGCCACGUCCCAUUGCACUCCACGCUGGAUUCCAGCAGUGAGAUCCACACCAGCUCCCUGCGCUCCGUCUGCUUCUCCCCCGAGGGGCUCUACCUGGCCACGGUGGCAGAUGACAGGCUCCUGAGGAUCUGGGCCUUGGAGUUCCGGUCUCCGGUGGCCUUUGCCCCCAUGACCAACGGUCUGUGCUGCAUGUACUUCCCACAUGGAGGAUUCAUUGCCACAGGGGUUGUUCGGAUCCCGUUGCAGGACCAGGGAUGGCCACGUCCAGUUCUGGACAGCCCCGAGGGUCCUCUCGUCACUCAAGCACUUGUGCCGCAAAGCCCUGCGCACCUUCCUCACCACCUACCAGGUGCUGGCGCUGCCCAUUCCCAGGAAGCUGAAGGAAUUCCUCACUUACCGGACUUUUUAAGGCAGCAGGGAGGGCGGAGGUGUGGAGGUGAGCCCCGGAGCUCGGCCUGGGCGGGCGGCGCCGCGGGAACGCCGAGCUGUGGGCUGGGAGCGUUGCUGCUCCCGUGGUUUUGGGGCUGUGGAGGGCUUUUUUCAGUGUCAUAAUACAAAAACCCAGCAAGAUCCCACGCGGAGGGUGAGGGGCAGAGCUGCGGUGGCCCCGCAGGGGACACGGGUGGGACACAGGUCCCCCUGUCCCCUGCUGCCUGCUGGGGUUGGGUCAGGUGCUUCUGCUUCUGAGUGCAAUGGUGUGGGACGACGGUGGAGCAGCUGCUGUGGGAGCAGAGCUGUGGUCACCUGCACAAAUAUGGGGCUAAACCACCCCCAAAACACCCACCUGGGAAUGUCCCUCCAUCCCGGUGGAGCGCGGGCUCUGCCGUGGGCAGGAGCGGGACAAGCCCGAGCAGGUCUCAAUAAAUAAAAAUUGAUUCCUCAUGA